UAUUUUCGAAUCACCACUCACAACUUGGCAGGCAGGACCCUCACUGGAACCAGUGGCCUUUCGAACCGCUUUUUGAUCGAGUACGAGCCGACUGGAUAAUUUUGACUUAUCAAGGCCCAGAGCAUGGAUCUCGAACAACGGUACGGCGAGAAAAGACCUUACGAAGAAGGCAACGGAGAAAGUCAAUCUCCCGAGAAGCGACAUCGUGGCCCAACAAUAGCUAAUGUCGUUGUGGAGACGGUUAAGAUGGACAAUCUCGCAAAACUCUGCACAGUUCUGGAGCCUUUGCUACGACGCGUGGUGUCUGAAGAGAUUCAUAAAGCGCUGUCAACCUUCCAGCCGUCGUCCGGCUCUAAACCGCCAUCACGAAGUCUCGAAGCUCCCAAGCGACUACCAUCCAAUGGUGUCAAGCGUGACCUGAGGCUGCAAUUCCGCAACAAAUUGGCACUUCCGCUUUUCACUGGAGGGAAAGUGGAGGGAGAAGGCAAUGAGCCGAUCCGAGUUUUCCUCCAGGAUGGAGAUUCAGGCACAGUGGUCACCACAGGACCAGAGGCCAAUCUGAAGCUUGAGAUUAUGGUGCUUGAGGGAGACUUCAGCAGAGAUGACGAGGAUGAUUGGCUACCAGAGGAAUUUGACCAGUUCUUGGUGAAGGAAAGAGAUGGGAAGAGGCCGCUACUAACCGGCGAGACAUUUGUGGUGCUGAAGGACGGACUGGGGGUCAUGGGUGAGAUAACCUUCACAGACAACUCCAGCUGGAUUCGGAGUCGCAAGUUCAGGCUGGGAGUGCGAGUAUCGCCGGGACAGAUUGGGGAGAGCAGGGUACGGGAAGGGAAGACAGAGGCGUUCACAGUGAAGGAUCAUCGUGGCGAAUUGUACAAGAAGCACUAUCCUCCUGCUUUGACCGACGAAGUGUGGCGGCUGGACCGCAUAGGCAAGGAUGGCGCCUUCCACAAGCGCUUGAAUCAGGCUGGAAUCUUCACUGUGGAGGAUUUCCUACGACUUGUUGUCAUGGACCCACAAAAACUACGAAAUAUUCUUGGUUCCGGCAUGUCAAACAAGAUGUGGGAGAACACGGUGGAGCACGCUAAGACAUGUGUGCUGAACGGCAAGCUCCAUGUGUACUAUGCUGACGACAAGCAGAACAUCGGUGUCAUCUUCAACAACAUCUUCCAGCUCAUGGGCCUCAUUGCCGACAGCCAGUACAUGUCCGUGGAUCUUCUCUCCGAGAGUGAGAAGAUCUAUGUAGAUAAGCUGGUGAAGGUUGCAUAUGAGAACUGGGAGAACGUUGUGGAGUAUGAUGGGGAAGCUCUUAUAGGGGUCAAGCCGAACGGACUGACAACUCUUGACGCCACAACAGAUGAUCCCGGUGCUACACAAAGAAGCUACUCCUCUGGCCAAUAUACAUGAGAUACUCACAGCUGGCUGCAGCUUACCCGUUCCCUGGUUGUACAAAUUUGUAGGGCGUUCGCAUCUGAAACAUCUUCUUGAUAUCUCAAGGAGCGUACGGUAUUGUAGAUUAUCCCAUUUCUAGUGCCUUAGCAUCUUUUAUUCUAGCUUCAUCGAUGAAGUUUUACGUGCAGGUAGAUUUGACAAGCUGUUUACUGUAAAUCUUCAUUCGAUAAUGUCUCCACUAUCGGAUCAUGUUGUGAGCGGGCGUUUCCAGCCAAGAGGCAACAGAGGCACCGCCCAAGGACAAUCUUCAGAACCCCCGUCCCCAUUGGUUCACACUACCAAAUCCACAUGCCGCAUGCCACAUCAGCCUGACGCAGAAGCAACCUCAUACACGUCCCACUUGCGCCCAUCAUGGACCUUUUAGCCAAUCAAGGACAUCUCACAGA